AUGGCACUGUCGCGGGGGUUGCCCCGGGAGCUGGCCGAGGCCGUGGCCGGGGGCCGGGUCCUGGUGGUGGGGGCGGGCGGCAUCGGCUGCGAGCUCCUCAAAAACCUCGUGCUCACUGGCUUCUCCCACAUUGACCUGAUUGAUCUGGAUACUAUUGAUGUCAGCAACCUCAACAGGCAGUUUUUGUUUCAAAAGAAACAUGUUGGAAGAUCAAAGGCCCAGGUUGCCAAAGAGAGUGUACUGCAGUUUUACCCGAAAGCUAAUAUCAUAGCCUACCAUGACAGCAUCAUGAACCCUGACUAUAAUGUGGAAUUUUUUCGACAAUUUAUAUUGGUUAUGAAUGCUUUAGAUAACAGAGCUGCCCGCAACCAUGUUAAUAGAAUGUGUCUAGCAGCUGAUGUCCCUCUUAUUGAGAGUGGAACUGCUGGUUAUCUUGGGCAAGUAACCACUAUCAAAAAGGGUGUGACCGAGUGUUACGAAUGUCAUCCCAAACCAACCCAGAGAACUUUCCCUGGCUGUACAAUUCGUAACACACCUUCAGAACCUAUUCAUUGCAUUGUCUGGGCGAAAUAUUUGUUCAACCAGUUGUUUGGAGAAGAAGAUGCUGAUCAAGAAGUAUCUCCUGACAGAGCUGACCCUGAAGCUUCCUGGGAACCAAUGGAAGCCGAAGCCAGAGCCAGAGCAUCUAGUGAAGAUGGUGACAUUAAACGUAUUUCCACCAAGGAAUGGGCUAAAUCAACUGGAUAUGAUCCAGUUAAACUUUUUACCAAGCUUUUUAAAGAUGAUAUCAGGUAUCUAUUGACGAUGGACAAACUAUGGCGGAAAAGGAAACCUCCAGUUCCAUUGGAUUGGGCUGAAGUGCAAAGUCAAGGUGAAGGUGCAUCAGAUCAACCAAAUGAACCUCAGUUAGGUCUGAAAGACCAGCAGGUUCUAGAUGUCAAGAGCUAUGCGUGUCUUUUUUCAAAGAGCAUUGAGACUUUGAGAGUUCAUUUAGCAGAAAAGGGGGAUGGAGCUGAGCUCAUAUGGGACAAGGAUGACCCGUCUGCAAUGGAUUUUGUCACCUCUGCUGCAAAUCUCAGGAUGCAUAUUUUCAGUAUGAAUAUGAAGAGCAGAUUCGAUAUCAAAUCAAUGGCAGGGAACAUUAUUCCUGCUAUCGCUACUACUAAUGCAGUGAUUGCUGGGUUGAUAGUGUUGGAAGGACUGAAGAUUUUAUCAGGAAAAAUAGACCAGUGCAGAACAAUCUUUUUGAAUAAACAACCAAACCCAAGAAAGAAGCUUCUUGUGCCUUGUGCGCUGGAUGCUCCCAACCCUAACUGUUACGUGUGUGCCAGCAAGCCAGAGGUGACUGUGCGGCUGAAUGUUCAUAAAGUGACCGUUCUCACCUUACAAGAUAAGAUUGUGAAAGAAAAAUUUGCUAUGGUAGCACCAGAUGUCCAAAUUGAAGAUGGAAAAGGAACAAUCCUAAUAUCUUCAGAAGAGGGAGAGACAGAAGCUAAUAACCACAAGAAAUUGUCAGAAUUUGGAAUUAGAAAUGGGAGCCGACUUCAAGCAGAUGACUUCCUUCAGGACUACACUUUAUUGAUCAACAUCCUUCAUAGUGAAGACCUAGGAAAGGAUGUUGAAUUUGAAGUUGUUGGUGAUGCCCCAGAAAAAGUGGGGCCCAAGCAAGCUGAAGAUGCUGCCAAAAGCAUAACCAAUGGCAGCGAUGACGGAGCUCAGCCUUCUACAUCCACAGCACAAGAGCAAGAUGAUGUGCUCAUAGUUGAUUCGGAUGAAGAAGGUCCCUCAAAUAAUGCUGAUAUCAGUGAAGACGAAAGAAGUCGCAAGAGGAAGCUAGAUGAGAAAGAGAGUGUCAGUGCGAAAAGGUCACGCAUAGAGCAGACAGAGGAGCUUGAUGAGGUUAUAGCAUUAGAUUGA